GUUUACAGAGGCUGAGUGCAGUUUAGUAUCUACACCAUGUCUGCUGAUUAUUGGCUCUCCUCCCAGCGUAUGCAUUUCCAAUAUACGAAAGAUCAGCUCAACUCUUUGAGAUUCAAUAUACUGCUGUGGGAAAAGCAAAAAGUGACUAAUAACUCAUUGAUGAUCAGAUACGACACGAGCAUGAGGAUAUUCAUACACCAUAUGAUUGCUAGGCUUGGAAGGCGCUUAUCGUUGAGGCAAAUUAUCCUAUCCACCGCUGAAGUUUACGUUUCGAGGUUUUUGAUAAAAGUUUCACUUUUGGAAAUCAACAUAUACAUGUUGGUCGCCACCAGCGUCUAUGUUGCGUGCAAGAUCUGCGAGAGUCCUCAACACAUAAGAACGAUACUUGCCGAAGCAAGAAAUUGCUGGCCGGAGUUUAUAUCCGGAGACUUCACCAAGAUUGCCGAGUUUGAAUUCUACUUGAUUGAGGAGUUGGACUGUUACCUAAUUGUGCAUCAUCCAUACAAUUCUCUUGCACAAUUGCGGAACUGCCAGUAUAGGUUGAAUUUGACUGACAGCGAGAUCGAGAGCGUGUGGCAAGUCAUAAACGACAGCUACAUGACAGACUUGCCCUUACUGUAUCCACCACACAUCAUAGCGAUUGCCGCACUACAUAUCCAGCUGGGGAUGCGCCGCAAGUUGAGCCAGUCGAUGUCCCACACGGGCCGGGUUCUCCCCCGGAGCGGGAGCGCCGGCGCCAGUACCACCACUGCCGGAAACAUGGCGAUGAGUCUGAGCCCGGAGAAAAGCGCCGGCGGGCGGCCGGGCGCCGCAGGCGCCCCUCCCGUGUGGAACGCACGCCUCGACGCGUUCACAAACUUCCUGGCCGGCUCCAACGUGAACCUGGAGGAGGUGAUCGAAAGCGUGCAGGAGCUCCUCAACUUGUACGAGGCGUGGCAAGCGUACGACGAGGGCGCCAUCCGGCAGACCGUGAAGAACGUGCUCAUG